AUGGUGCCAAAAACAACCCCCAAGAAAGCGGAUGUGGCCAGCUCUGCUUCCAAGUUCUCAGACACAAUUUCUGCCUCCUACAAGGCGUACUGCAAGCAGGUUAGCGGCGACAGGCAGCUACAGCUCAUAGACACGUUCUGCGCAUUCCUGGUGGCCGUAGGUGUGAUUCAGUUUCUGUUCGUGUGCGCGGCCAAGGACAGCUUUCCGCUCAACGCGUUCCUGGCUGGCUUCAGUGCGUGUGUGGGCCAGUUUGUGCUGCUAGUAAGUCUGCGUAUGCAGGUAGUGAACAGCUUCAUGGGUAUUUCGCCGCAGCGUGCAUUCGGCGAGUUCGUACUAGCCAGCCUGGUGCUACACUUCCUCUGUCUACACUUUGUCAAUUGA